CCCUGGCUGGCCCGGCUCGCGGCGCGGCGCGCGGCAACCCAGCACCGCUCGCAUUCAACAUCGACGCGUUAGCGCCGCCACGCCGCUGCGUGCGCCACCGCACUUCUCAAUUUCCUCACUUUUAGGGAAAAAGUAUUUCUAACUAAUAUCAAGAACACUUAACAUUUUUUGUAGAUAAUUUCACAUCAUAUUUAAAUUCUUUUUCCCAAAUAUAGCAUAGUUAAAAACAAUUAUUACAUACUUACUGAUUAUUUCCCUAUUUGCCAAACACCUGUGGUACUUCCCUACCUUAUUAUCCGUUUAUUGAUGUCAAUAUAUAGGAUUACGCGGCGAUAAUAAUGGCUUAUCGAUAGCGAUUCCUAAACCUGCUCUCUCUGCGACAUCUCGUCAUUCAUCCGCGCUGUGUUGCGAAAGAAUAUUAUCUAAAAAUUCAAACUUAUCGGUCACUCCCAAACCUUUGAUGUAUUGUGUAUUUAUUUUCCGAACAACGCGUGUGAAAUAAGUGAUUAUUUUUCAAUAAAAUGGUGAAAUGUUAUAGGAAAUCUGUGUCAUUGUCGGAUGUAUGGGUAUCGUCAAACGACAAACUAAGUGAUUUUUACGCGUCGUCAUGGCAACGAGGAGAGUCUCCAAUACCACUGUUGGUGGUAAGGAUGCUGCUAACUGCGCUGGCACUGGGCAUCCUGGUGUUUUCUUUGGUGGAGGGCGCUUCACCGUACUGGCUCAUCUACCUCACCAACUGGGGAUUACUUCUAAUCACCAUGAUGAUGGUCAGUGGACUUCUCGUCUCAUGUGUUGCCGUGUGUAAAGCCAAUUUUGAGACAAAGGAAUUGCCGUGGUACGUCAGUACCUAUUGGUUUCUAUACAAUAUUGUCGUCACAAAUGCAUUUAUGAUCACUGCCUUGUAUUGGAUCUUGCUCUAUGAACCAGGUAGUUAUGAAGAAGGGGGCCGUCGUCUGUUGUGGCUGGACAUAUCGACGCAUGCGAUGAACUCCUGUAUAGCACUGAUCGAAGUAUUGGCUUCUAGGACACCAGUGCGUUUUUUACAUUUCUACCAGCCGUUAAGCGUGGGAGCCUGGUACGCAGCGUUCUCCGGUAUCUACUAUUCAGCAGGUGGCACCGACAGUAAUGGGAACCAGUACAUCUACGAAGUUCUAGACUGGCGCGAAGGGAAGCGUACGGGUGCUGUAGUAGCAGCAUCGGUGGCAGGCUUGCUUGCCGUGUAUGUGGCACUGUGGUGCCUCGCGCUCUGCAGGGACAAGUUAUCAAUAUCUCUGAUCCGCACCAUCAGCCAUGAUUUACCCGCGGUGCCUCCUGAUACUAGACUGCACACCAGAAUUGUUUAACAAGUAUUUUUUAAGCUUUUAUUUAAUGUAAAUUAUUUUUAAAACCUUUUAUUUAUAUGUACGUAUUAAUAACAAUAUAAAAUUGGUGCAAAAGAAAUAUUUAAAAUUAAUUGUGACUUUCCAAACAUAUAUUAUUGUACUUAAAUUAUGUUUAAAUAUAAUUUCAAGGAUGGACUGAAGUAUAAUUAAUAUUGCAGGUAUUGUACCUUCAGAGGUUGUACCUACUCCGAAAAUUCGAAUUUUUCAAUAAGUUACAAUUAACCUGUAUAAAAAAAUUAAUAAAAACCAAAGAAUUAAUUUCCCAUCAUCACAACGAUUGAAAUUAAAAACGAAUUAACUAAAUGAUUUAGGUACAGUAUUUUAUAUAUCUGUAGGUAAAUUAUGUUGACCAGUUUAAAUACGAUAAAUCUUAAAAGAUUUUUCAUAGAUACUGUGACCUGAGAUUAUAACUGUGACUGAUAUAAAACAAAUACCUAUUCGUCAUAUCAGCCUUAACUGUCCACUGCUGAACAUAAGCCUCCCUCUUGGGGGGGGGGGGGGGG